UGAGACGGAGCGCGAAAGUGGUCAAUCGUGUAUACAUUCCGCUAUAAUGGCCAACAGAUAUCUGUUGUGCCUUUUGUUAUUGUGUGUGACGCUAAGUGCAGUGAAUGGGAAAUGGGGAGGCCGUAGUAGUUCUCGUUCCAGCUCGAGGGGAUCGAGUAGUUCAAGCAGAUCCUCUGGAUGGGGAUGGGGGUCGAGUUCGGGAAGAUCAUCCUCGUCCAGUUCGAGCUCCGGUUGGAGCUGGGGGUCGAGGAGUCCGUCAAGUUCCAGUUCAAGUCACUCGUACCCAUCAUCAUCAUCAGGCCUAUCGGGCUCCAGCAGUGGGCAUAGCUAUCCAUCCUUGUCAUCAGGGUUAUCUGGAUGGGGUUCAGGCUCCCAUAGCUACCCUUCUUCUUCGUCGGGAUUAUCCGGACGAGAUUCCCCAAAAUACCCAUGGUCAAGUGGAAGUUCAUCCAACUCCGGGAGCAGAUAUCCAGCAUCGACAGGCUUAUCUGGAUCUAGCUCUGGAAGCAAAUACCCAGCAUCAACAGGCCUAUCUGGAUCUAGCUCUGGAAGCAAAUACCCAGCAUCAACAGGCCUAUCUGGAUCUAGCUCUGGAAGCAAAUAUCCAGCAUCAACAGGCCUAUCUGGAUCUAGCUCUGGAAGUAGAUAUCCAGCCUCUACAGGAUUAUCUGGGUCAAAAUUUUCAGCUACUUCGUGGCUGUCGGGAACUAGUUCUGGCAGUAGAUAUCCAACAUCAGUAUCCAGCUCAGGAAGUAAAUACCCGGCAUCUACAGGACUAUCAGGAUCUAGCUCUGGAAGCAGUUAUCCAGCUUCCACUGGUUUAUCGGGAUCUGGUUCUGGCAGUAAAUAUCCAUCACAUUAUGGUACCAGUAACUCUAAUCCCCCAUCAAAUACAUAUAAUAAACCAGACUAUAACUAUCAUCCUAGGAACACUUACAAUACUAAUUCAGGCUACAGGCCAAGCGCUCAUGGCAAUACAUAUGGUAAUUCAUACGGUUCAUAUGGCAACAACUUCCACACACCUACUUAUUACACAUCACCUCAACACAUUUACGUUACAGAAUACAGAAAUUCAGGAAGUCGCUAUAAUGACUUACUAACAGGGCUUACAUUAUACAACUUAGGACGUUCUCAUAGUCAUUACCAUGACCAUUACUAUUAUGACGACUAUUACAGACACAGAUAUAACAGUGGUUCCGGUUCAAGCUAUCGUCCUUCUAGCGCACAACCAAGAGACGAAGCUUAUUGUUUACUGAGAGUGAAAGAACACAAUAAAAUUGAAGAACUAAAAAUACCAUGUGAAAUUGUAUCCACAUUUACAGAAGGAAGUAAAAAAGUAUCUAAAGAAUCUAGUCAAGUAGAGACCAUGGUUUGUCACAAUUCUACAACUGUUAUAACCGAGGAUGCAUCAUCUACUACAAACAAAAGUCCUACUGUAAACAUAUCUUCUACAACUGAAUCUAGUGCAAAAUUAUCUGUUAUACCCAUUGUUACUACUUUAUCCGAUAAUCAAACAAAUGUAAAGGAUAAUAUCACAUUAACAUCAACAAUAACACCACCUACUAAUAGCACUACAUUUACUCCAGUGGUUACCAUAACUACACCAUCCAGUCUUUCACAUAAUAUUUCUUCAACGACCGAAACUCCAGUAUUAUCAAAUGUUACGUUAUCUAGUAAUAACACUGGUUCAACAACAACUUCUCCUAAUGCGACUGUAUCUGGUACAAAUACUAAUUCCACUGAAACAACAACCCCCACCGCUGUAUCAAAUACAACGAUGCAAUUGCCUGAUGUAACUACACCAAAAACCAACAUCACCACACCGAAAACAAACGCAACAGCAUCAAAUAUAACACAAACUAAAGAAACGAAAAUAACGAAUUCAACGUGUGUUGUAACAUCACAACUGAAGGACCCGCUUAGCGUGAAAGGCCCACCGCCCGAUCCAAACGGCAUGGAAUGCGAAGUUGAAAUAGUAACAAAUAACCACCGACUUAAAUCUAAAGUAAAUUGCGUUACGUUAAUGGAAUACUCUAGAAUGCCGGAACCUAAAAAAGACGCUGGUAUUGUGCCAGCUAGAGAUAAAUUAAAAUCUUGGUUAGCUAAACCUCCGUGGUGGAUGUCAAUGUUUAUUGCCGUUUAAUUUUAAACUGUAGAAUUUAAAUAAUUUUAAGUAUUAAUAAGAUACUGCCCCAUAUGUGUAUUUUUAUGGAUAUGUGAGCUCAUUUAUAUCUUGUUAAGUUCUUCGUUAUGCAGAGGAACGUGUAUAAAAGAAAUAGAACAUUUAUUACAUAAUAUAGAUCAAUAUAAAUUUAUUUUUAGUAAGGGCCAAAGUUUAUCCGCCGAUACGAACAUAUCAUUUUAUUAUAAUGUCAAUUUGGGCCUUCAAUUUGCAAUGGAACCAAUAUUAAGUUUAAAUGUAAUUAUAAUACUAUAGAAAGAAGCAUUGCUUUUAUACCUCAAUAAUUUAAUCAUUACAAUUCCUGUUUUGUAAAUAAUUUUCAUAUAUUAACUUUAUGUUAAGAAACAAAAUCAUUUUAAUGUUUGCAAUGCGAUGGAAUUAUUGCUAUGACAUAUUUAAUCCUUUGUUCAAAUUAAAUACGACAUACAAUGUAAA